AUGCCGGGAAUACCAGGCGUGCCAGGAACGCAGGGGCCCCAGGGAAGGGAAGGUCCAAAAGGGCAGAUCGGUGAUAAGGGAUCACAAGGAACGCCUGGUCCAAGAGGAGACAGAGGGCGCGAAGGGCCUCCCGGGAAAAGCGGACCGCCCGGAAUCAUGGGAAUUAAAGGUGAACCGGGACUUCUGGGAAUGAAAGGAGAGCCAGGCAUUGUGAGAAAUCAAGGAAGAAAAGGAGACAAAGGAGAGAAAGGAGAAAGCGUCAAAGCAAGUAAAUCAAGUGUAGUACCACAAACCAACUGGAAACAAUGUGUGUGGAAAUCAGAAUCCAAUACUGAUAACGGGAAGAUUAAGGUAAAUUGAGAAUUUGAUAAUUAAUAACUUUCAUAAGAAAGUAAAUGAUAUCAAUAGGGGAAAAGAGGUGGGGAGUCAGAUAAUCCAACAGUUAUAAGUUUAUAAUUCGUCUUUUCUGAGCCUUAAUCCCCUUUUAGCGUGUCACACCUGAAUUUUUAUGCCCUUUCUUGUUUAGUAUUUUUUCAGUACGGUUGUCUUUUUUUCAGGACUGUGCUUUCAACAAACUGAAGUCAGAUACAGCGCUAAGAAUCUCUUACCAGGGAAACACAAGAUCCUAUAGUCAAAAUAAGUGUAAUCGCUGGUAUUUCAAGUUUAAUGGAAAUGAGUGCAGUGGACCAAUGACGAUUGAGGCUGUUGUUUACAACAACUGGCCAUCUGGGAGACUUAAUCAGUUGCAUCAUCGAUCAUUUUAG